AUGCAUAACGGCGACCUUCGCGGUCAUGACUUCUUCGCGUACACCGGCGAGGGUGACGACCGCUCCAAUGACGACGCGCCGCCCGUCGUCGACUUCAGGCGCCGAGGCACAUUUGACAUGCCUACCGCCCUGAAGCCGCGCGACAUGAGCAUCGAUUCACAACACGCCGGCCCCAUCGCGCAUGACGUGCCCGAGGGCCAAGAAACUGUCGUAAAAAAAACGGUCGCUGACCCCGUCAGUCACAUCUACAGCUCCGGCAUCAGCCCCAGCAACAGCCUGACCGCCACAGCACAUAGCCCGGAGGAGACGACGCGGAUCGGCGAGGGACGGGAUCGCGGGCCGUUGGACGACGUUGAGCUGCAGGACGCCCGGCACGACAAGCCCGACGGGACCGCUGUGGCGCCGUCUCGGCGUGCGUCGCUCCUGUCGGCGCUAGAGAUCGAGUUGUACACGGUCUCGUACCUCAUCUUCUUCGCUGUCCUCGGCACCCUCGCCCGCCUGGGCCUUCAGGCCCUGACCGCCUACCCCGGCGCGCCCGUGUCCUUUGGCGUCCUGUGGGCCAAUGUCGGCGGCAGCCUCGUCAUGGGGUUCCUGGCCGAGGACCACCUGCUGUUCAGGCCCCAGUGGGCCCCCGACGCCGUCUUUAUCGACCCCUCCGCCGCCGCGAGGGCACACCUUGCGGCCAAGAAGACGAUCCCGCUGUACAUCGGGCUCGCCACUGGCUUCUGCGGCUCCUUCACCUCCUUCUCAUCCUUCGUCCGCGACGUCUUCCUCGCCCUGACCAACGACCUCCCCGGCGCGGUCACCGCGCCGCGCGACGGCGGGUACUCCUUCAUGGCAGCCCUCGCCGUCGUCCUCACCACCGUGUCCCUCUCCCUCUCGGCUCUGGUCGUCGGUGGCCACCUCGCCGCGGCCCUCGAGCCCGACGGCUCGUCCGCAGCGUAUCCCCCCGGUCGUAAGAUCCUCGACCGCGGUGCUGUCCUCCUCGGCUGGGGUGCCUGGGCCGGCGCCGUCGUCCUUGCAGUCCUACCCCCGCGGGACGCCUGGCGCGGUCAGGCCGUCUUCUCCCUCGCCUUCGCGCCCGUGGGCUGCCUCGCCCGGUUCUACGUCAGCCGCUGGCUCAACCCGCGGGCGCCGACGUUCCCCCUCGGCACCUUUGCGGUCAACAUCGCGGGCGUCGCGGUGCUGGGCAUAUGCUGGGACCUGGCGCACGCGGGGGUGGGCGGCGUGCUCGGGUGCCAGCUGCUGCAGGGCGUCGAGGAUGGCUUCUGUGGGUGUCUGACGACGGUGUCGACGUGGGUCACCGAGUUGACGGCCCUGAGACGGCGGCACGCGUACGUGUACGGCGUGUCGAGUGUGAUGGUGGGGUUCGCGGUGUUGGUCGUCGUGAUGGGGUCGUUGCGGUGGUCCGAGGGGUUUGGGCCACUGAAGUGUACGCAUUGA